AUGGAAUCUUCAAAUCUCAAGUCCACAGUGUCAACACCACUCAUCCGCCUCUCCCCACACCCCUUUUCCUCCCUUCCCGCUCACCCCUCCCUCAACGCAUCCCCAUCGUCACCUCGUCCACCACUCCACAGUUUCCUCGAAACAGCCCUAUCCGAAGCCCACUCUCUCCUCACAGACACCAUCCCGUAUACCUUCAAGGUAGACCCGAAACUACGCUCCUCCCCACCCGCCACAGCCAAGGUCCAGCUCCUCAAGCGCACCAUCCGCAACGGCGCGGGAAGUGUACACCGAGAUGCGGCAGUGGCCGGCUCGGCCUCGUGGGAGGAGUUCCGCAGGGGUUUGAGGGAGAAUCAUUCCGAGAAUGAGAUGGCGUAUACGCCUAGUGUGACUUCUGUGGAGAGGUUGUUGGAGUGGCCGACCGAGGGGAGAUCGAGGGGCCUUGAUAGCCCCCGCACCUUCAUCAGCCUAGUCAUCUCUGCCGACUUACUAAACUUCGACCGUCAGGCAUUCAUGACGGUUCAGAUCCCUCUCGCGUCGAAACCUACAGAUGCAAUUCCCCACGAGAUACGGGAGAAGGUUGCAUCCGCCGCGCCCAGGAACGCGGUUUUUGCAUCCUAUGCCAGCGUGGAACAGGUCGUGUCAGUGCCCACACCGGCGGUGACCUCUAACCCAGACGCGAGGGGCAGGACUGGUGAUGCCAAUCAGCUGGAGUGGACGAUGGCGACCACUUCGGAUGCAGGCGGGGCGAUUCCGCGGUGGAUACAGCGAAGCUGGACGAUGGGCGGAGUCGCCAAGGCAAUCGUAGCCGACGUGGGGUAUUUCAUCAGUUGGACAGACCAACAGAGAAGCAAUAUAUCAGAUUCAGCUUGA